AUGGUUGAAAUAGCGAAUUACCUGAACGGCUGCCCAUCAAAAGAGAAAAAAGCAAGCCUCAUCAUAGCUCCCUCACGGAUACUGCCGUGUUGGGAGAAAGAGUUGGGAAAAGAGGCACCCAAACUGGUAACAAAGAUUUAUUCCGGAACGGCUGAAAACCGUCGACAAAUCACGACUCAACUCGUUAAGCAGAAAUUUGAUGUUCUGCUUACGAGUUUCGAAUACGCUUCCAGGGACAAUGCCCAACUUUCAGAAAUCCACUGGAAGUGCAUAUUUGUCGACGAGCGUUUCCGGCUCAAGAGCCAGUCCUGCAAGCUGACGAAGGUGUUGAUCCGGAAGUACCAGAAUGCGGAACUGCGUUUCCUGCUGACCGAAAAGGCCAUGCAGGAAAACCUUCCCGAUUCUUGGUCCGGCAUUAAUUACUUAACUCCUGAAAAAUAUGACGGAGAAUCAUUUGAGAAGUUUUUUAAUGCGGAGGAGCCGGUAAAACUUAGGCUCAACCGGAAAGAGACACAAGCUGCAAUCAAGUGCUUGCAAUUGGCGAUGAAGCCGUUCCUGAAGAUGAUAGCAGAUAACAGCACCACUGGAAGAAUCGACAGAAGCAUCCUGAAUACCAUCAAAUGCGAUAUGUCGUUCAUCCAGAAAAAAAUAUACAUGAACAUCAAGAAGGGCGAAGAAAUAUUUCCAAAGAAGUGCCUGGUCAGCGUAAGUGAAUUGAAAACGAAACAGAAGGUGGACAAGCUGACCCAACUGAGAAAAAUAUGCAACCACCCGUUCAUGUUUGACGAAGUGGAAUAG